UUUCCCAUCUAGAUAAUAUGCGUGUUCGUUUGUAAAAGUCCUUAACAGUAACUUAUAUACCGCAUAUUUGUUUUGUUUCUAAAAAUAGAUGUGGGGAAGCCCAUAGUUCGUGCCGACAUGUAAAAUAAAUAUGAUAGUAAAAUACAAACGUAUUAAAACAUCAAUUUUCACAUAUCUGAGUUAGAUAAGACAAUCAAAAAUAAUCUACACAAUACAUGUACAUGUAUCAUGUGUAUAUAUACAAUAACAUUAUCGCACUUCAAAGUAAAGAGGAUGUUGUGUACCAUGCUCUGUCUGCUGCUUCGUGAGUUAUAAAGUAAUUUGAUAAUUGUGUGAAUAGUGCACAUAAUUCUCUUAUUUGCUCUAAGUUGACUUGUUGGUAAACUAACUGUCCUGUCCAUGAGCAUAAACGAUAACAUCAAAAUGUCGACAGAGGCUGCACCUGCGAAUACUGACCAUUUUAAUCCCAUCGCUUUUCAAUUGAAAUCUUUAAAGACAUUUGGAGUUAUACAGAUGGUAUUAGGUGGUAUCCUAGCAACCAUUGGAGGCGUCGGUUUAGUUUUGGAUAAGAACAAAAAGGAUUGUUAUAUUUCAUUAGAUGAUGUCUUCUCUUUCCUUAAAUUUAGUUUCUUAAAAUGUGAAAAUCGGUCAAAUGAUCUUAUUGGAAUGGACGGUGCGUGUUUAGGAUUAUCUAUAUGGGUAAUUGUUACUGGUGCAAUACCAAUGUUCAUGACCCAGAAGAGAGAAACCGAAUGGAGAAGUCUGAGACUGGCGUUUAUGGUGUGCAGUAUUAUUGGAGCGUCAGCAAUAGUUCCAACAAUUGGAGCAUUGGGACUAGCUGGUUUGAUCUUUCGUAGGGCAUUCUUGCCAUGGGCAGUAGGAACAUGGGCAAUUUCAGUGGCAAUAAUGAUUACAGCUUUCCUCACGUUUGUAUUGACCAUAGUCUCUUGUUCGUACUCUCUUUGCUGUGCUCCAAAACCAGAGAAGGAACAAACACCAACCACUAUAAACGUUGCUAACGUUAUACCAGCUCAGGUACCGGGCUAUCAGUUUCCUAUUGGAUACCAACCUAAUCCUUACCAACAGGGACAAAUGAUUAUGCCAAUGCAGUUCACAGAAGCGGGUCAAGUUCCAGGUUAUGCACCAGCUGCAUCAGGAUAUCCACUGUGUCCGAUAGGUCCAUACGGAAUGGUACAACAAUCUCUAGCUGAUGGUAGUUCACAAAAGGCCAAUGAUAAAAACCUGUGUCCGAUAGGUCCAUACGGAAUGGUACAACAAUCUCUAGCUGGUGGUAGUUCACAAAUAGUCAAUGAUAAAAUCAUUGAAAUUGAUUGAUUGUGUUCAAAGUGACCUUUUAAACACUAAAAGUCAUAAGAAACCUCAAAUUAAAAAAAAAAUAUGCAUAUGUUUUUUUAUAACUAAAUGGAUAGUUUUCAUUAUACAACUUAUGUACAUAUACAUUUUUCUGAGGAAAAUUCUUUAAUUUGUCCACAUUUAGAAGAAGUUUACUUAUUUUUAAUUGCUUGCUUCCAGGAAGCAAUUCGUCGACAUAUUUUCCGUAUGCAUAGUGACCGGAGCGUAACCCUCCUCGUAAAAAUCCGGUGACCACAAUACGCAUAGAUCUGUCAUUGAAAUAAACAAAUAUCUGAUUAUACAUGUUAAACACGUGCUCAAAACCCAUGCUUUUUGUGAUUUGUUUACAAUGAGGUGACAAUCGGUGAAACUCGGCUUCAAAACACGACAUUUAAUGAGCAGCCAUAUUUGUUAAAUCAUAACAAACAAAGAGAAAAAAAAUUGACGAUUAUAUGAUAUAUUUGCAAAAAUAAUGAUAAAAUCGUGCACAGAGGACUAAGUUUAUGAUGUAUACAUGAAUCAUACAUGCAUUGGUUCAGGAAUUGGACAAACAUUAUUUUUCACCACUCACUCGUUACAUAUGACUUUAUGUUUAGCUUCAAUUUGCUUAUUUAUAUACGUUGUCUACACAUGGUAAGGUUUUGGGUAUAACAUUUUAUUACCUGCUUUUUAAAUGUCAAGCCAUAUUUAUUUCUCUUAUUAUAUAAAUUAAAAAAAAGUAGUACAUGCUAAUUCGUUCAUUUUUACUUUUUUUUAGUUGAUUUAUACUUAAAACUAGUCAAAGUGAUGCCCCGCACUCAAUCUGAAGUAACAAAGUCAAUGUUGAGAUAUUAUUAUGUCUGGGAGUCAGAAAUGAUGCAAAGUGUUAUUUUAAAAUAGAAUUUGUUAACGGGAUUUUCUCCCAAAAGCGUAAAUAUAAAAUCAAAACCCUGGUCACAUGCACACCUUUAAUAUAUGUACAAACUGCCAGCAAAGUGAAAUUUCCUAGCAUUUAAACUGUAGGAGGAGUUGUCUGGAAUAACUAUAUAACCAUAAUGGGAUCGAGGGACGGGCAGACGUACGGACCGACUGAAGUAAACCAAUAUGCCCCUUAAGUCAGAACAAGCAAAAUUUUCAAUUUCACCAGUCACAAUAAAUGGUCUAUUUAAUGAGAUGAUCAAACUUGACAUUAAUAAAUCCACCGGAUCCGAUACAAGUACAUUACCCAGUGUUACCCAGUGUUCGAACGAAUGCAAGAGUAACCCUGUUUUUAAAGCUGGUGAAAAAUUCAUUGCAAUAAAUUAUCGACCAUUUUCUGUACCUUCCGUUUCAUCAAAACUUUUAGAAAAGCAUGUUUAAAAACAUUUGUAUGACUAUCUAAAAAGAUUAGAUCUUUUACACACAGCACAGUCUGGGUUUCGACAAGAACACUCUUGCCAAACUGUCCCUAUUAAUAUUAUCGAUAAAUGGAUACAGGAUAUGAAUGAUGGUGUUAUCAACGUAGCAGUCCUGUUGGAUUUUAAGAAAGCUUUUGAUGUAGUGGAUCAUGAUAUUCUCUGUAAAAAAAACUUGAAAUCUACGGAUUUUAUAAUCAUGAUAAUACUGCUGUUUCUUUUUUUUAAAUCAUAUUUGAAUGAAAGAACUCAACAAGUACAAAUUGGUACUGCUCAUUCUGAAAAACUUUAUAUCAAGUAUGGUGUCCCCUAAGGCUCCAUAUUAGGCACACUUCUGUUUAUAUUAAACAUAAACGACCUUCCUAUUUAUAUGAAAAAUUGUUGAACUGAUUUAUAUGCCGAAGAUUCAACUUUACAUCUUUCUGGUAAUUGUUAUCAAACUCUACAGUCAAAGGUACAAGAAGAUUUACAUGGUGUUCAGGAAUGGUGCAAUGCUAGAAACAGACCCUUUCGCUCCUUCUGCGCCCUUAUUCAAACACUUAACCUGGAUGACAGUUGAACAGAGAAUAAAAUAUCACAAGUUUUUGAUGAAAUUUAAGUACAUUUAAAAUGCCCCAUCAUAUCUUACUAAAGAGUUUCAUUAUGUUUCAGACAGAGAUCCAUACCCCUUGAGAAAUUCUGUUCUAGGAAACCUCAAACUCCCUAAACCAAAAACAGAAUUGCUCAAAAAAUCUUUUAUGUAUCCUGGAUUAUUCUUAUGGAAUAAUUUGCCAAUACCAUUAAGAAAUAUUACAAUUAUUACUUCUUUCAAAUACAAAAUAACAGAUCAUUUAUUUAAAUCAACCUAGCUUUAUAGAUAAUAUUAAAAACUGAUUAUGUCAUUAUGUUUAUUUUUUCAUCACAUUUUAUCAAGUUGUAUUGAACAUUGUUAUCAUACUUGACUUUAAAUACUAAUGUGUGGAAUGUAUAUGUUUGCAUUUUGUUUGAUUUUCAUGAUGAGGGCCUCAGGGAAGAUUUGUUAUAUUGGCU